CCGCCCUCGACGCCCACUCACUUCGUGGGCGGGGAGCAACCAACACUCGGUCAUUCAGUUCAUGAUUCGAGCGCUCACCGCAACCAUGGCUGUCGAGGCCGCCUAAUCAUCAUGGCGCAGGAGAGCAAGUCUGAGGACUUCUCACGGUCGACGCAGGAGGAUGUCGUCGGCACAGACUUCUCUCGCACGUCGAGGUUCACGCUGUGGGAGACGAAAGCUCGCUUCUACUUGGUCGCCUACAAUACGGCUCAGACACGUUUCCAUGUCCUCAAGAUUGAUCGCACGCCAGCUGGCCACCAUCGUCAGCAAGACCAAGCUCAAGGCGGACCAUCCCAGAGCAAGGCAGAGGACAGACAUGGCGGCGCAGCACCAUCCACAACGUCCACGUCUGGCGGCGACGACGCUGCGACACCUCUACACCCCUCGAGCUCCGCCUACUGGCAGCUCAACAUCGUCGCCGAUGCUGCAGAGUACGAUCGAGCCCAGAUCACCGAACUGCUGGACAUGAUAUCGGACGGCAACAAGGCCAAUGGCGGGCUCAAAGAGGUAGGCCACUUCUUCGGUCUCGUGGGCUUGAUCCGCUUCACAUCCACAUACUAUAUGGUUCUUAUCUCUCGGCGCUCUGUAGUGGCGCUCUUGGGUGGACACUACAUCUAUCACUGCGACGAGACCAAGAUCAUCCCCGUCUGCCACCCCUCCACCGCCAUCCCCGGCAGAACAAAGGCGAUGGAUCAGGAGGAAUUGAGGCUGCUGCACAUCUUCAAGCAAGUGGAUCUGAGCAAGAAUUUCUACUUCUCGUACACCUACGACUUGACGAGGACUCUGCAGGAGAAUUUGACGGGAAAGCGCUUCGAGGAUCAUGCGAGCUCGUGGGGAUAUUGCGAGAAGUUCAUCUGGAAUCACCACCUGCUCAGUCCAGCAUUCGACUCGUCUGCCGCAGCGUCAGAUUGGGUGCUCCCGCUUUGCUACGGCUUCGUGGACCAAGCCAAGCUGUCCGUCCUCAACCGCACCAUCCACGUAACCCUCAUCGCCCGACGUUCGCGCCACUUUGCAGGGGCGCGCUUCCUCAAGCGUGGCGCAAAUGAUGCAGGACAAGUCGCAAACGACGUCGAGACGGAGCAGAUCGUCAGCGAAGCCCUGACCACGCCUUUCUACGCUGCGGAGCAUGCCCACUGCUACGCUGCCAAUCCGCGCUUUACAUCCUACGUCAUGCACCGCGGCUCUAUACCCAUCUUUUGGACGCAGGAUAGCACAAACAUGUCGCCUAGACCGCCGAUCGAGAUACCCGUCGCUGACCCAUUCUACUCGAGCGCAGCGCUCCAUUUCGACGACAUGUUCGCCCGGUAUGGCUCGCCUCUCAUCAUCCUGAAUCUCAUCAAAUCACGCGAAAAGACGCCGCGCGAGACCAAGCUCCUGAAGGCCUUUGGGGAGUGCGUCGCUUAUCUCAAUCAGUUCCUCCCCGACGACAAGAAGAUGGUCUACAUCGCCUGGGACAUGAGUCGGGCGAGCAAGUCACACGAUCAGGAUGUCAUUGGGAUACUGGAGGAUAUAGCUGAAGAGACGAUUGAGAGGACUGGGUUCUUUCAUUCUGGACCUGAGCCGACGCGAUUCGAGUAUGCGCCAGCAGCUGAAGCGGGUUCGGAUGGUUCUACGACGAGACACCCACGCAGGCAGACGAUCCUCACACAGACGGGCGUAGCACGCGUGAACUGCGUAGACUGUCUGGACCGUACCAAUGCCGCCCAAUUCGUCAUAGGCAAGGCGGCCCUGGGGCACCAACUUCACGCCCUCGGGCUCCUCGAACAUCCCGCCCUUCCCUUCGACUCAGACGCCGUCGACAUGCUGACGGAGAUGUACCACGACCUCGGCGACACCAUUGCGCUGCAGUAUGGCGGUUCCCACCUGGUCAACACGAUGGAGACGUACCGCAAGAUCAACCAGUGGACGAGCCACUCUCGCGAUAUGCUCGAGGGACUGAAGCGCUACUACGCCAACUCGUUUGUGGAUGCAGACAAGCAAGCGGCUAUCAACCUAUUUCUUGGGAUUGACGAAUUCACCGUCGCCCCGAGUGGCCAGGCGACGCGUCGUGCGAACCCCAGUGAUCAACAGCUGUAUCGACCACGUCGUCGUCAGGCCAAUAGGCGAGACUACCAAGCCUGGUACACACCGCGCCACGUUGAACGAAUAGAAGCCACGGCGGAGCGUGUUGCGCGACUGCACGAGGUGGUGCGUAGGCAGGAGGGGUUCUGGGCGGAGUACUACCGACCGAGACUCUUCACCGACUUGAUGCGACACCAUGCAUUCAAGAUGACCGCGGUCAUGCAGCAUCAGCCCGUGGGGCUGGUGGUGACGGCUCCGACCAGCGAGCGGGAUGACGAGGGGCGGACGAGUAGCCCGUCAUUGACGGGUAGGGCGAGCGGCAGCUUCUCUGGCGGCAGUGCUCCUGGUCAUCGCUCGAAGAAGGACAGCAUUUCAAGCAUGGCCACACUCUCCACCGCUCGACCUGGCUCAGGGUCUGGCGGGACCGUGGCAGGAGGAAGCAGUCAUGGCGGCGUAGGUCCGACGGACGCGGCUAUUCUCGUCACUUCUCCCUUUACUUCUCGCUUGGCGCCCGCGCAACAGGGACGAUUAGGGUCAAAUGCGGUCGGGCAUCGUCGUACGCCCUCUUCCCCCGCCAAGCCGACUUCGAGGGCAGCUCAGAGGCUACGGUCGACGUCCGGGUCGUCUUUCGCGUCUGGUGGAUCGUCAAGCGCAUCGACUACGUGGGACAGCAGCUCGACCGCGGUGGGGUCAAGCGCGCCCACGGCUACAGCGAUUUCAGCUGCAGGCGAUCCGAAGGCGCUGAUUGGAGGUGUGAGGAGGUGGAUGAGUUUGAAUAAUGGGCGACGCGUGGGCGAGGCAUCUCCACUGAGUGGACAGAGGGGUCAGAGACGCGCCUCUGGUAUGGGUGCCGCUGGCGAACCAGAAGCCGGCGCAACCUCCUCUACAACCUCGAGCAAUGACAAGGCUGCCUCACUCGCGAGCAAGGGUCCAGCCAGCAGCGCCUCGGCUGGCCCCGCCGGCAUCGGCGGCUGGACGAACCCCUUUGUUCCCUCGACGCAAGCGCACCAGCCAGUUGAGACCCUCCUCGAGUCCUCGACGCAUCCAACCGUAGCGCCCAGUGAGGCGCGCGAGUACGCUCUGUGGCUCGAGCAGUUCACGGGCGAUCUGACGCUGGACGCUUCCGCUGGUGCAGGUAUGUGGGGGGAGACACCCCUCGAGGUUCGGACUGUAGGGGCUAAGCGCGGGGACGUGCACUUGGCGGACGCGGAUGUCGAGGUGUAUGUCAAAGCUGUGAGGCGAGGGACGUGCCCGGUGUUGGCGGCCGGUACUGCGACUUACGAUGCGGCGGGUACGGGUGCAGGCGCGGGGGAAGCGCCGCACGACAGUCCUCGAAGACGGCUGAUGGCGAUGCGCGGCGCCGAGAACGCAUCACAGCACCAAGCCGCGAGCGCAGUCGCCGGAGCAGAUGAAGUGGAUCCAAUCCUCCUCAACUACGCUUCCCUCGCUUCGGGUGGGAAUGCCACAUUGGGCAUGAAUGUAGGCAUAAAGGGUGCGAGCGAGGCCAAGUUGCGGGCGUUCCGCUCUUGGCUGAGUAUUGGGGAGAGGGGCAGGUGAGCGGGCGAGAGAUGUGCGGUGUCCUGUACAUGUGUAUUAUACGAAGCAAUCCAACUAGCUAUCUGUCAU